AUGGCUUCCCUUGGCAAUCUGCAACCCUACGCAGACAACCACGAAGAGGAAUGGUACGAAGGCGACACGAUGCCCAAACCCAGCAGCAGAAGAAGACCAAGAGACGAAGUACAACACCUCAAUAUCAUCGCUCGCGUCGCAGUAGGCCUACUGGCCGUUUGGGGGCUUAUAUCGAUCAUAGAACAACUUUAUGGGGCUCUCGCACCAGUAUAUGUCGUGCGGGAACCAGCAAGGACCAUUGCGCCAGAUGUCUAUAGGCCUGACACCUUGGAGCCUACCCUCAACCUCUGCGACUGCGGAGCUAGCAUUGCGGAGGCGCUACAACGAGGCUGUAUGUACGAUUCCCUCGCGGCAGCCUGGCUUCCCGCCCACUGUCGAGACGACGAUCUCACGGCCGAAUUCGACAUGGCUGGAACCGACCCAGACGGCUCGUGGCCAUACUUCGCCGAUGGUGACGGCAAACUCGCUAUCAACAAAACACAGGUCGCGGCGCUGGGAGACGGAGAACGGUCGUUCUGGAGCACGAGGAGGUGGCAUCUAGCGCAUUGUGUCUUCUAUUGGCAGAAGUACGUUCGGAUGAGGGAUACGGGAGUGGUUAUGGAGAGGAGAUUCGACAGCAUCGAGCAUGUUGAGCAUUGUGCACGGUUGGCGUUGAAUGAGCAUGCGGAUCCGGGGAUGCUCAUCGAUGUUCAGGUGGUGAUGAACUCCGCGCCGGGUAGAUAA